GAGGGAGCCGCUUUUAGCGGCGAGCCAUGUUAAGUACUCGCGAGCUAGGGCCAAGAAACCGCUGCUGGGCAUGCGCACACCCAGGCGGCCCCGUGAGGAAUCCCGCAGAGAGUGGGGCUGAGCGAGAGGGGCAGUCGGCCAGAUUUAGUCGCCACCUGAGAUCUCUGCCUCUUUCCCAGAAGAGCCAGAAAUGACCAAGUCCCUGGGGUCAGUGUCAUUCAAGGAUGUAAUGGUAGACUUCAGCAGGGAGGAGUGGCAACGAUUGGAUCAUGCUCAGAAAAGCCUGUACAGGGAUGUAAUGCUGGAAAACUAUUUCAACUUGAUCUCAGUGGGGUGUCAAGUUCCCAAACCAGAAGUCAUUUUCAACUCGGAACAAGAAGAGCCAUGUGUGCUGGAUGGUGACAUUUCAAGUCACAACUGUCUCAAUGGGGAUAUUGGUUUUGAAACUUUACAGCAGGGAACGUCUGAAGAAGUUUCAAUACGGUUUGAGAGAAUUAAUCUCUUUACAAGAGGUGACCCAUAUUAUUCCAUUUUAGAAGAAUUGUGGCAAGAUGACAAACAGACGGAGAGAUGUGAGGACUACCAGAACAAAAGUGGGUCACACCUCUUUGCACAUCAAAGUAUCUAUCCUGAGGAGAAACAGCAUGAACGCAGCAAAUAUGAGACAGUCUUCACUCAGAAUCCCCAACUUGCUGUACCUCAGAAGGCUUCUACAGGAGAGAAACCCUAUAGAUGCACUGACUGUGAGGAGGACUUUUGCCUCAAGUCAAGUCAUGAGGAAACUCACACCGAGGAGAAUCACUGUAAAUGCAGUGAAUAUGGAAAAGCCUUCAUCCAGAAGUCAGAUCUGUUCAGAUGCCAGGGAAUUCAUAUUGGAGAAAAACCCUAUGAAUACAGUGAAUGUGGGAAAAAUGUUUCUCAGAAUUCAAACCUCAAUAUACAUAAAAAAAAUUAUACUGGAGAGAAGCACUUUGAAUGUACUGAAUGUGGAAAAGCCUUCACAAGGAAAUCAACACUAAGUAUGCAUCAGAAAAUCCAUACGGGAGAAAAGCCCUAUGUAUGUACCGAAUGUGGGAAAGCCUUUAUACGGAAGUCACAUUUUAUUACACAUGAGAGAAUUCAUACUGGAGAGAAACCUUACGAAUGCAGUGACUGUGGAAGAUCCUUUAUAAAGAAGUCACAACUCCAUGUGCAUCAGAGAAUUCACACAGGAGAGAAUCCCUUUAUAUGUACAGAAUGUGGGAAAGUCUUCACUCACAAGACAAAUCUCAUUAUACACCAGAAAAUUCAUACUGGAGAGAGACCUUACAUAUGUACCGAAUGUGCGAAGGCCUUUACUGACAGGUCAAAUCUCAUCAAACACCAAAAAAUUCAUACUGGAGAGAAACCCUAUAAAUGCAGUGAUUGUGGAAAAUCAUUCACUUGGAAGUCACGGCUCAGGAUACAUCAGAAAUGCCACACUGGAGAGAGACAUUAUGAAUGCACUGAGUGUGGGAAAGCCUUCAUCCAGAAGUCAACACUAAGUAUGCAUCAGAGAAUUCACAGAGGAGAAAAACCUUAUGUUUGCACUGAAUGUGGAAAGGCCUUCUUCCAUAAGUCACAUUUUAUUACACAUGAGAGAAUCCACACUGGAGAAAAGCCUUAUGAAUGCAGUGACUGUGGGAAAUCCUUUACUAAGAAGUCACAACUCCAUGUGCAUCAGCAAAUUCACACAGGAGAGAAACCCUACAGAUGUGCUGAGUGUGGAAAGGCCUUCACUGACAGAUCGAAUCUGUUUACGCAUCAGAAAAUUCAUACUGGGGAGAAACCCUAUAAAUGUAGUGACUGUGGAAAAGCCUUCACUCGGAAGUCGGGCCUCCAUAUACAUCAGCAAUCUCAUACUGGAGAGAGACACUAUGAGUGCAGCGAAUGUGGGAAAGCUUUUGCCAGAAAAUCAACACUAAUUAUGCAUCAGAGGAUUCAUACAGGAGAGAAACCCUAUAUUUGUACUGAAUGUGGGAAGUCCUUCAUCCAGAAAUCACACUUAAAUCGGCAUCGGAGAAUUCAUACUGGAGAGAAACCCUAUGGAUGCAGUGACUGUGGGAAGGCCUUCAUUAAGAAGUCACAACUCCAUGAGCAUCAUCGAAUUCACACGGGAGAGAAACCAUUUAUAUGUGCUGAGUGUGGAAAAGCCUUCACUAUCAGAUCAAAUCUUAUUAAACACCAGAAAAUUCAUACUAAACAAAAGACCUAUAAAGGCAGUGACUUUAAGAAAGCCUUAAACUGGAGGCCACAGCUCAGGAUACAUCAGAAAUCUGACACUGGGGAAGUAGCAUGUCCACUGCCACAAUCAUGGUGUGGGGAUACCAAGGAAUGAGAGGCUACCAUGGGACUAAGAAGCAGGAGGUAACCAAAGCCACCUUACCUCUGGUCAGAAGUAGGAAUGUCUGGAUUACAGAGCUGAUGUCCAGCUACACGUUUGCGGGAGAUACUUGGGAGGAAGGGUUUAAGUGAUGUGUGAUGGCCACACUUAGUUACCAGACAGGUACUGGAAUUGUCAAGCCCCUGGAAAUAAUAGCAAAUCUGCAAGGAGAGGACUUAGUCUUUCUUGUUUCAUGUUGUGGAGAAGCAGCUUCAUAAGUUCAGGGUUGUUGAGCUUCUCACGCCCUGGGUAGCAAAAAUAUUCGAUAUUGACUAAAGGAAGUUCUUAAUGAGCAGAGAGCUAAAAAAAUUUUUUCAUUGUCCAAGGGCACUGAAAUCAAGGCAAAAGUAUGGACAGUUCAGGUCUAUAAUGAAGAGAAGCCAGAGGUUUUUUGUGAAAAUUGACAUUAAAGACACAAAGGACUUUUUUCCCCCCUUUUGGAAGAAGCCACUCUUAUUUAUUAUUUAUAGUAUCUAUUAGUGUGUGGAAAUUUGGAUAAACACUUUUUUUAUUUGACUUUGAGAUUGGUAAUCAGAACCACAGGCCUACUUGAAUAUUCAUAGGCCUCUUUAGUUAUUAACCAAUAUGUUCCUGUAUUUAUUAAUUCCCUGCCAUGGCCUAGGUAACUCACACCCAAGAGGCAUAAAGUUAUCCCAGCUGUGUCCCCAGAGUGACCAAUGAGGUAGACGGCAGCCCCACAGACUCCUUACUUGUCACCUCAGGACUGGCCCUGAGGCCAUGGGACUCAGGUCACAGAUCCAGAGGUCAGCACUUUGGACUGUCAGCCUCAUCCACAGAAGUCUAUAUUUUUUUAAAUUUCUGUUUGGAAAAGAGACAAAUUAAGAAAAUGGGUUUCAAAACCUAGAAUUCUUUCCUUCCAUGGAAGUUUUGUUGGUACAUUCUCUGCAUGUCCAUUACGUGCCAGGUGACUAUGGGACACUACUGUUCACAUUUGAGUUUGUUUUCUAAGAAGACAGGGUUGUACUUUCGGAAGAGUAAUCCUCUGUCCCCUCCCAGUGUCCACAAAUUAAUCCCAUUGUGUUUGCAGACCCUCUGUAUUCUUACAGACUUUUUUAAAUCUUUUUUUUUCUAACUGAUUCUAAAAGCAGUGUUUCAUCUUCCAGAAUAUUUGUGAAUUUGUCUCUCCUGUAGAUCAACCCAUUUUUUUCUUAUAUUUUGAGUCUUUGUUUUUACAUACAUUCAGAUUUAGAGUUGUUAUACUCUUUCUGGUUAAUUGAAAAUUAUUAUGAAAUGUCUGUUUUUAUUGCUACUGAUGUUCUUUUUUGCCUUAAAAUUUACUGCAUCAGAUGUUAAUACUGUAUGCAUACUUCACUCAUUGAAGGCUAAAAUAAAUGAGUCCCCUCUCUACUUUCCAGAUGAGGUGAGGAGCUAGAACAUUAGCUCCUUUAUUUCCCUCUUGGUUUACAUGGUAUUAAUGUCAUGCACUUGGAUUUUGUGUGUAGUUGAUGUGGUCAGUCAUUUGAGUCCAUGUUCAUUUAUAUUAAUCCAUAUAUGUUUUCCUUUUUUUUUUUUUUUUUUUGAAAAUAGGCUUUCAAUGUAAGUACCUUUGAAGAUAAUGUGCUUUUUUCCCCUUUUCUCUCCCUCCUUCAAAAUUUGUCUUAUCUUCGGCUGCCAGCAGUUCACAGUGGCAUGCCUAGGUGUGAUUUUCUGUGUGCUUGUUUGGGGUUUGCUGUGUUUUUUUUUUUUUUUAAUCUGUAGCUUGGUGGUUUUUUUCUUUACCUUUUGGGAAAUUUCUUGCUGUUAUCUAUACAAAGUAUGCUUUUGCUUCAUGUCUUCCUCUGGUUUGUCUAGAGAUUGCCCCACAAUUUAGACCCUCUGUAAAACUUUUUCCAUUCGUGGUUUCAGAUUUUGGUAAUGCUUGUUUUUUUCCCCUAUACCUGGUAAUUUUAAAUCAGCUACCAGGCACUCUAUAUUAGGCACUGCAGAGACACUGAAGUGGUCUGGAUGGUAUCAUCUUCCAGAGAAGAUUUGCCUUUGACUCUAACAGGUAGGACUAGGCAAGAGCAUAAGCACCCCUGCCUGUCUUCGUCCAGUCUUGUACUGAGAGUGUGAGACUGGGCUCCAGUCCCAGGGAAGGCUUGUCUGGUGUUUUUCACCCUAGAGAUGUAGGACUUGGGGAGAUUUUCUAGGUGCCUCAUUCUGUGAAGGAACUUAAUUUUAGUAUUUGUCCCAUUAGGUCCAUAAAUUUGUUAAAAACUGUCUUAACCUCUCUUCUUCGGUAUUUGCUUUAAAAAUUAGCAAACACCUCUUUUUAAUAGUCCCAGACUCCAGAGGUUAUGUCUUAUCUCUAAUCCUAUUCCUGUAUUUUCUCACUUCUUGGUAAGUGCCAUCACAAAAUUAAGUAUAUUUAAUAUUUUCUUCCACCAUUUUUAGUUCUCAAAGGAAGUACUUGUCUGUACUACCUGCUCUGUCUAAUCAUUAGCAGAAGUUUUCAAUGCCCUGAGAUAGCUGUUCCUUUCUUUUAAAGUUUUUUUUUAAUGUUUAUUUAUUUUUGAGAGAGACAGAGUGGAGGCGGGGCAGGGGUAGAGAGAGGGAGACAGAAUCCGAAGCAGGCUCCAGGGCCCCAGCUGUCAGCACAGAGCCUGAGUGGGGUUAAACUCACAAAUGGUGAGAUCACGACCUGAGCCGAAGUUGGACGCUUAACAGACUGAGCCACCCAGGCACCCCAAUAGCUUGUUCCUUUCUAAGGAGUGUGGAGUCCAGAAAUAUAUUUUUUAAAUUACCAGAAUUUUCCAAGCUAAUUUAAAAGUGAAAAUGCACUGAUUUGUGACACUGUUUCCUAUUUUUGUGGCUAAAAGUUAAGGCAUUUACUGUUUUGUUGAAGAUUUUGUAAACUUUGAAACCUAAGAGAAAACUGACUGUGGUGGUAUCAGAUUUUAUUAUGGUAGCUGCCAAUCUUUGGCAAAAGGAGAUUGAGACUGUCAUGUUUCUUUUUUAAUAGUGUGGCUUUUUUCCUUUGGGUAAUGAAUAGGAAAUUAAGUUAAUGAAGGCUGGUGUAUGAGCCCAGGGGUUUGAAAAUAAGGAUUUUAAAGACUAAUUUAGAAGGAUCACUGAGAUAGUGAUUCUCAACCUUUUUAUUCCCAGGCACAUUUUUAAAAAAUGUGGGCACCUGGGUGGCUCAGUCAGUUAGUGUCCAACUCUUGGUUUUGGCUCAGGUCAUGAUCUCAUGGUUUGUGAACUUGAGCCCCAUAUCAGGCUCUGCAUAACCAGUACAGAGCCUAUGGAAUUCUCUCUUCUCUCCCUCUCCCUCUCUGUCCCUCCUCCUCUCUCUCUCUCUCUCUCUCUCUCUCUGUGUCUCUCAAAAUAAACUUUAUAAAUACAUACAUACAUACAACAAUUCUACAUUACUAAGCCAAAAAAAGAAGAUAUGUUACCUUCUGUCAACAUGGUAACAUCUAGGAGAAAGGAAGACUUCCUUUUGUGGGCCUCCACAUAUUUGAAGGGGCGCUGGAAAUUGGGGAAUGGAUGAUGGAACAGUUCUGGGUGGAAUGGGGGGAGCUAACUCUUACUUAGAUGGAACUCCAAGGAUAGUAUAGAUUGGAUGCAUGUGCAAGAAGGAGAGUAGUGUGAAUUGGACAUAGCUUUUUAUGCCAGAACUAUAAUAUAGUUCAUUUGUAUUUACAGCAGAACUUUUAAAAAAGUUUUACAAUGUAAAUUUAAUUAGCAGUGUACUUUAAUUUUUAAAAGGAAUCUUAUUCUGUGAAUUCAGUAGAUGUAAGAAAACUUUAACGCAAACCAACAUUUAUAUAUCAGAUGAUUCAUAGGAGAGAGUAGUUUUCUUAGUAAAUGUGAGUAGAGCUUCAUUCACAAAUCAUUACUUCAUUACAUAACAGAGAAUUCAUGCUGGAGAGAAACCUUAUGUAUACAAUAACCAGAAAAAUCAUCUGCUGGAAAGUCAGCUUUCUGAACGUCAGCAAAUUCACACAUGAGAGAAAUAACAGGCCAAAAGCUUAUUGUUUCCCGGAAACUCAUUUUGGAGAGAGAAACCUAUAAAAGCAAUCCCUUGAAGAACCAUGUAGAAAUCAUAAAAUGUCUGCUGGAAGUAGACAAAAUUAAUGCACUUUGUGUGAAAAUAUCUUCAUUCAGAAAUCAGUUUUCAGUAUUCAGUAUUUGUGCAUGAGUGAAAUUGUGUAUUUUCUGAAAAUGAGAAAGGCUUCUCAUGUAAGUUGGAACCAAUUGUAAAUUAUCCUACAGAAUUGCUGUAUGUCAAAAAGUCUUUGUCCAUGAGUUGUAUCUUACUGGACAUCAUAGACAAUGGAGAAGAAUUAAAUCAUUUCUUAAUACAUCAAAUUUUCUUUUCAAAUACAUCAUUUUCUUUAAAAAAAUUUUUUUUAACAUUUAUUCAUUUUUUGAGAGACAGAGUGUGAGUGGGGGAGGAGCAGAAAGAGAGGGAGACACAGAAUCUGAAGCAGGCUCCAGGCUAUGAACUGACAGCCUAGAGCCCGAUGCGGGGCUCAAACUCAAAAACCGUGAGAUCAUGACCUGAGCUGAAGUCGGGUGCUCAAGCGACUGAGCCACCCAGGUGCCCCCAAAUACAUCAUUUUCUUAAAAUGCCAUAAACUUCAUACUGGGAGGAUACUAAAUUUGUUACAGGAAGAAGAAGUAUUCCCAUAGAAGCAAAUUUCACAAGAAAUAUAAUUCAUUUUGUUUAUUGGUUAAAUUUCAUGCCUGUGUCUCAAACCAGUGGGGACAAAUAGGCCAGCCCAAUAAUUGCCUUUUUAAAAACUUUUUAAAAUUUUUAUGUGGAAAUCAUUUAAAACAUAGAACAGAUAGAAGUGUUUCAAGAAUAGGAAGAGUACAAAAAAUAUAUAGUAACCCUUUACCCAAAUUCAUCUAUUGUUGAUCUAUACAUUUUGCCUCAUUUGUUUUAUCAUUGAAAUUUUAAUUCUUAGAGUUUUAUUAGUAAUAUUGGCAAGAAACAACCAGAUUGUGUCAGUAGGGUAAUUUUCUAUCACUAAUCAUCAUAGAAAAAGAAACAGUACAAGUCAAGGGAAAUGAGAUUUGAAGGCUGCUACCUUUUCUGCCACCACUUUCAAGGCCUUUCUAAUGUCCUUAUUCUUUCAAGGGCAGAUGAUGGGGUUUAGCACGGGAAUGACAACACCAUACAGGAUGGAGACCAGCUGGUCUUCCCCCAGUGAGUGAGGGGCCAUACGUAUGUGAACAUGGUGCUGCCAUAGUAAGAAGGACUUUUGCCUCCCCUCUAAGGAGCGGAUCCUCAAGGCCGUAGAGAUAAUAUAGAGGUAGGAGAAGACAAUACUCAGGAGAGGAGCCCACCAAAUGAAGACCCCAAUGGAGAACAAUGCCAACUCAUUGACAGAAGUGUCCCCACCAGACAUCAGCCUUUCUUUUAAUUAAAUAUGUUGAAACACAUACGUGUGUGUAGACACACAUAAAACUAUGUAAAUGUGACAUGUUCUAUUUAUUGAAUUUUGGACUUUGUCCACUCUUCUAGCAACUCCAGCCACUGCAACAGUCUGUCACCAUGUGAGCAAUGGUUGUCAACUUCAUAGUUUUCUUUUUACUUGGUGAUGUAGACCAUUAAUAUAUGUGCACACGUAUGAGUGUGGGUUUUUUUUAAUUUUUAAAAAAUGUUUAUUAUUUUUGAAAGACAGUGUGAGCCGGGGAGGAGAAGAGAGACAGGGAGACACAGAAUCCAAAGCAGGCUCCAGGCUCUAAGCUGUUAGCACAGAGCCUGAAGCAGGGCUCAAACUCAUGAACUGCAGCAAGAUCAUGACCUGAGCCAAAGUCGGAUGCUCAACCGACUGAGCCACCCAGGCGCCCCAUCUGUGUUUUCUUACUUAAAGAAAUUGCCAGAUCUCUGUGGAGUAAGACUUGCAUUUCAUAUUUCCAACAUUAGUGUAUAAAACGGUUUCCCCUGUACUAAAAAUAGUGGUUACUUUUUAACUUGGAGAAGUUUUCUGAUUGCAAAGUGAUAACUACUUUUAAUUUACAUAUUAAUGUACCUCUUUAAGUGUUUCUUGGCCAUAUACCUUGCUCUUUUGUGAGUUGCCUUUUUAUACCAUUUAUUUAUUUAUUUAUUUAUUUAUUUAUUUUGGAUUGUCAAUUUGUAACAGCUUUUUGUAUGUCAAUGGUAAUAACUCUUAAGAAAACUAUUGCUUGACUCUUGACUUUGUAUAUAUUUUCUCAUUCACAUGAUUUUAUUUUUUACAUGUUUAAAUAUGUCUGUCUAUUAUAGUUUCUGAGUUUCUAGUCUUAGUUAAGCUUCACAUAUUAGAAGAUUUUUAAGUGUCUUUUUUGGUAUAUGUUGUGUAUCUUUAGGAAAAGUGAUUAUUUGUUUCUUGGGCAUGGAUAGCCACUUUCACAGUUUUAGACAGUGUUGCGUUUGCUAAGCAAUUCCAAUCCUCUUCCCUUAUUGCUUACUUUGUUAGCAUCUUUUGAAGCUGUUAGUUUGCCUGGUGACUGACUCAGGCCAGGAAAAGCAAAACACUGAUAGGUGUGUUCCGGGAAAACCUUUGCUUUCCUAAAAAGGGACAGAUUUAGCUGCUGCCAUUAAUUUACCCACCUUCUGGCCUUGCACGUGAUGCCUGGGGCAGUGGCAUGGCAACCUUCUCUCAAUCCUAGGGGAAAGAAUCAGAGACACUGGUCGUGACAAUAUUUAGUCAACACUAAUAGCAAGUUAACUCCAGACUUUUGCUAGGUGAUAGAAAUAAGCAGAUUUUACAUAAGCCAUUCUAUUCUAGGUUUCUCUUGUAUCUGAAAGCGUGCCUAAAUUUAUUCAGGCAUCAAGAUGUAUAAAGUAAUCCAUCCUUUUUCUUUUAAAGUAGAAAAAUAUUUUAAAACCCCAGUAGAUCCCCCACAUAAGUUUAAAUAAGGUAAAGAGAGCAAAUUUACAUAAGAUUUGUAAUGAGUAAGAAGAAGCACAAUUGAUACUGUAUCCAUUAAUAGGAUCAAGAGAGAGAAUACUACCUAGAGGAAAUGAAUGAUUUCCUGGCAAGAGGAAAUUGAUCCAAAUCAAAAGGGAAAUGAAAAAAGUUGAUAACCUUACAAUAGAUGCUAAAUAUCAUUAUACAGAGCAACCAUUUAAAAUAUACCAGGACAGGGGCACCUAGGUGGCUCAGUUGGUUGGGCGUCUGACUUCCGCUCAGGUCAUGAUCUCGGAGUCUGUGAGUUCGAGCCCCGCAUCGGGCUCUGUGCUGACCGCUCAGAGCCUGGAGCCUGUUUCAGAUUCUGUGUCUCCUCUCCCUCUGCCCCUCCACAGCUCAUGCUCUGUCUCUGUCCCUCAAAAAUAAAGAAACAUUAAAAAUUUUUUUAAAAUAUACCAGGACAUUAGGAAAAGAUUUCUUAAAUAGGACACAUAAAUAAUGAACUAUAAAAAAAAAAAAAGAUAAAUUUGACUUUUCAAAAUUAAUAACUCAACCUUUGAAAAGCACUACUAACAAAAUGAAAAGGCAAGGUACAGAAUGGGAGAGAAUAUUUGCAAUAGAUAUCUGACAAAAGGUUUGUAUCCUGAAAAUUUAAGGACAUUUACAACCCAAUUAUAAGAAAGCAAAUAAUCUAAUUAAAAAAUUGCAACAAAUUCAAAGGUUGUUCAUGAAAGAAGAUGUGAUGUGGCCAAGAAGGACAAGAAAGCAUUUUCAACAUUAGCCAUUAAGGAAAUACAAAUUAAAAUCACAAUUAUACCUCUAUACACUCAUUACAAUGACUAAAAUCAAAAUGAUUGGCAGCAUCACAUGUUGGAAGUUGUGCAGAAACUGGAACUCAUUUGUGGCAAGUGGAAAUUUGAAAUGACAAACACUUCGAAAAAUAGUUUUCAAGUUCUUAAGCAGUUAAAACAUACAGCUACCAUUACAACCUAGUCAUUCCACUCCCCAUAUUUAACCCAAAAGCACCAACAACUUAUGUCCCAUAGAGACUUAUACUUGAUUGUGGAUAGUUUUAUUCAUAAUAGCCUCAAACUGAAAAUAACUCACAUGUCCAUCAUCAAGUGAAUAAAUAUCCAAAAUGUUGCAUAUCCAUAAAUGACUGCUACAGUGCUAUUCAGCAGUAAGGAGCAAUGACUACUGACAUGUGCAACAGCACAGAUAAAUUGAAGUCAUUUUGAGUAAAAGAAGCCAUACAUAAAGGUAUAACAUACUGAAUAAUUGCAUUUAUAUGAAAUUCUGGAAAUGCAAACUAACAGAAAGUGACAAAAAUCAGAUUGGUGGUUGCCUGGGGCCGGGGGUGGAGGGAGGGAUGUUCAUCAAAGGGGAACAAGGAAUGUUUUUAGGAUAAUGAAAAUGUUUUGUAUUUUUAUUGUGUUGGUGGUUUUGCAAAUGUACACAACUGUCAAAUGCAUUGAACACUAAAUUGAUGCCGUUUAUUGUAUGUAAAUUAUAUCAAUAAAGCUGAUUUUUAAAAAACAACAUGAAAAGUUGGAUUCAUAUCUGAUUUUGGUAUGUUUAGAGACCAGAUAAUUUUAUUAAUUCAAAUUAUUCCAAAUCCUAGAGAUAGCAUUUCCCAAUAUAUUUUUAUUUCUUUUCAUUGCUUCAUUGAAAUUUAAAAAUACGCCAUCACUAUAAAGCCAUCAUAAUAAAUAUAAUGCAAAAAUAAGGAAUUAUUAUUAACUCUUGUAGCUUAUGACCAUAGAUGCAACACUCGUAACAUUUUAGCACAUAGAAUGAAUCUUGCAGUAUAUAAAAUAAAAACUAGUAAUGAUUUUAAUCCUGAAAUUCAAAAGUGAUGGGAUAUCAGUGAGGAUAACCUAAGUUAAAAGAGAAAGGCAGGGCGCCUGGGUGGCUCAGUCAGUUAAACCUCUGACUUCCGCUCAGGUCAUGGUCUCACAGUUCCUGAGCCCCACACAGAGCCUGCUUCCAAUCCUGUCUCCCUCUCUUUCUGCCCUUCUCUGCUCUUGCUCUUUCUCAAAAAUAAACAUUUAAAAAAAAGAGAAAGGAGCGGCACCUGGGUGGCUCAGUUGGUUAAGCCUCCAACUCUUGGUUUCAGCUCAGGUCAUAUCGAGGUUUCAUGAGUUCAAGCCCCACAUCAAGCUCUGUGUUGACAGUGCAGAGCCUGCUUGAAAUUUUCUCUCUCCCUCACUACCUGUCCCUCCCCCAUUCAUGCUGUCUCUGUCUCUCUC